CAGCAGCAGCCCGUCCUCUUUUCUCUGUGUGUACGUACCACCCAGCGUGGACGUGGGUGAGCUUGGUGACACCUCAGUGACGUCAGAGCCGAUCGUCAGGCGCAAACGAGGUUGCCCACCAAACUACGUUAGAAUGACGAGCCGAUAAACUACCCAUCAGGGUUUCUGUGGCGGGCGGGCCAACGGUCUUGGGGUGGCCGCCGUUGGUUUGGCCGACGAUGGCGAGCUCGGGAUCGACAGUCGACGGUGUCGGUGUCGGCGAAAACGAUGCCACGACAGGUGUAUCUAGUGCCGGGCCUAGGAAUCCUCUCAUCUGCAGUGUUUGCCACGACUAUUACAAUGAGCCUUGUCUGCUAUCCUGUUUUCACACCUUUUGUGCCCGCUGCAUCUGUGGUCCUCACCUUGAUGGAAAGGUCACCUGCUCCAUCUGCGGGCAACAGACACAGCUAAAAGAUGGGGCACAACUACCACCCCCCGAUCAGCUGAUACGUCAGCUAGUUGAGUUGGCAAACUCUGAGAAUCCACCAUGUGCCAACUGCGAUAAGCGUGACAAGUCUACCAUGUUCUUUUGUACAACAUGUGGACAAGCACUAUGUAAACACUGCAGAGAGCACACUCACAGUGCAAAGAUGUUUUCCACGCACGAGGUGGUACACAUGAGCAAAUGCGCCAAAGAUACCCAACGUCGUUGUUCGACUCAUGGAGAACAAUAUAUAAUGUACAGCCAGAGUGCCAAAUGUAUGCUCUGCGCUACCUGUUUCCGCGACACUCCGACGGAAGCGAGGCUCCAUUGCGUGGACAUCGAGACCGCUUGGCAGCAAGCGUCUAAGAAAAUGGAACGAGUGGUCAAUUCGAUUUGCGAGCUGCAGGCCGGCGUACGAGAUGGAGUGCAGGCUCUGAAAUCUCAGCUGGAUGAACUACGGCACAGUCUGGACUCGGAGAAAAGGGCACUGAACUCAUUCUGCCAAGGAAUGCAGCAAACAAUUACAAAGACCCAGGGCAACGUUCUGACGGAACUGCAACGUCAGUACCAGACUGAGGAGAGGAUGAUCCGUAGCCAACUGCUUUCUCUAGGUAGUGCGCAUCCAGUACUACAGAUGCAUUUGAUGUUGUGCACCGCUUUCACCAGCGGCGCAACGAAAUAUCAAUUUCUCGAGCUAGCCCAUCCGAUGCUGGAGCGUUUGGGUCGCGUUGCCCAGUUGGGACAUCCCUCGAGGCCGCCUUUAAUGACCGCUCAUCUAAAGACAAACUACAAGAGCGAAUUUGCCAGAACGCUGCAGCCAUAUAUAGGUCAUGCGCAGGUACCGAAAGAGUCGCUGUAUGAUCAAACUCACGCGACAGGUCAACAACAGGAACCGCCAGUGAUUCAGAGCAGCAAGACUGCACAAAAGAUCCCGACGAAGGGCGGAACCGAUUGUGGACCAUUUUCUAAUCACUGCCGAGCAUUUGAUACUCAACUGAAAGAAUUAAAUCAACAGUUGCUCAUCGUGAAGGAACGUUUGGAGGAGCUUCAUCGUGACGUGGCUCUGUUGAGAAGAGCGAACACUCCUCCGUUAGGGAUGCGUUACGAGAACGUAGCUAAAGAUUGCCGGUUCCUAGAGCGACAGUUAGAGCAUCAUCAGCUGGAAUUGGAACGGCUUAGAAACGUCUUCGACGCUUUGUGGGAUGAGCAGUUGUGUAGAAUUCGCAUAGAGAAAGAGAUUUUUCAUUCUCAGAUGAGCGACAUUCUGUCAUUAAGGAAUCAAGUAAAGCAGUUGCAGAACCUCGCCCAGCAAUUGGAACCAUUUGUAAAAUCCUUUUCGACUGGGGUCACAGCCGGUGAAGUGAAUAUGGCAGCCUCGGAUGCGGCAGGUAAUCAAGGUCUGCAACUGUUGUUGGAUCAUUUGGCAUGCUUACAAAUGCAAGAACCACCGCAACAACCGCAGACUCAAGCACCGACAAAAGAUCAUCGACACUCGCGUGCCACUGCUACCAGUGCCGAUAAUGCACUUUACAUGAAAGAAACGAAAGAGGUGCCAACACGUUGUCGCACACCCAGUGGUAUUGAAGCCGUUUUUGACUCCAGUGGAAACAUCGUUGUCUACGGAACUACUAAAUCAACCGACUCAAAGAGGGGAGUCCUCAGCCAAUUACUAGAGAAAGCUAGGACUAAGGAGGAUCGCAAGAAGUCCCCGGGUAGAGAGGAAAGUCGCGAUCGGAGUCAGAGUCGACGAUCCAGAAAGUCUCCGGACGGUUCGAAGCCCAAGACACCGCCGGGUCACUCAUCAGCCAGCAAAGUACGCUCUCUGUACCGCUGUUUAAAGGAUGGCAGCGGCGACGCGUCCGCCGAGGGGCUUGAUCAACCGGAAAGAUGCACAGACGCCCAGCAACCACAGUCACACAUGACUGCAGGUGAGGAAGGGGAGUAUCAACGAAUUUCGGAGGCGUCGAGCAUGGGGGAGGCCAAGAAGCGCGUGCAAGCUCAGGUGCACGCAGUACCUGACGAACAACCGAUCCCUACCAACAAAGGUGUGAAAGUGUAUCCAGCCAGUGACUCGGAGGACGUGUUCUAUGCAGACGAGAAAGCAUCAACAGAAGUCAGAAGACGUCGGCGAGCCAGUUGCGACAGCUUGAGCACUACCGGCUCUGGGAGCAGACGAUCAAGCAUAGCCGAUGAGACGGUAGGUCAAUCCGCGCAGGAUCCCAGGAAAACAUUGGUUGUUUUGAUCGGACCUACACCAAAGUCGUCGUCUCUGGUGCAGAAGCAGCGUUCCUGGGAAACAUUCCCACGAUUGAAGAGCAAACGUGAUAGUUCUGCGGCCAGUGACGGGGCUGCAUCGUCUCUUGGCCAGUUGAAGAAAGCGGACAGCUUCGAGGGACACGAGGAAGCAGUACGCACUUUGGUGGCAGCAGUACAGGAGAACAGAUCGCAAGUGCACCAUUAUCAUAUGCACCAUCAUCGCCAUCAUCGGAAGAGCAAGACAAACUAAGCUAGAUCUUGCUCGAGGCAAAACUACGAUGGAGGUUCAAAGAUUUUCCUACAGAAAUGUCCAGCCUAAAUAGCCAAUAUGCAGAAGAACAAGUGCCCCUCUAACGUGUUUUACCUUUAUUGAGUUAUUCAUAGCAAUGUUACCGUCAUAAGAUGACGAAUUACGCUUGCUCUUCUUCGAGGUAGAGCCACGGUAAAGAUGCUAAGAACUUUGCUCAGAGGUGUCCAACCCAGAUAGCCAACAGGCAAAAAAUGUCUCUCGAACAUGUUUCAUUUUUAUCGAGCCAUCAAUGGAAAUGUCAUAUUCGUAGGCAUCUUA